AUGGCACCUCAUGCCUCCCCUUCUGUUGCCCCUCCAGAUAGCCGACCUACAAAACGACCUCGUUUAUCCAAAUCUACUCAUCGUGUUCUUAAUGUUUGGGCUCAGCUCGCCGAACGCUACAACAAACGUCUCGACGAAGAUGAUAUUGUCGACCUCUACAGCGGCACCAUAAUCAGUGACAGAGGAGUACUAAAGAACGGAAAGGACUAUGAUUUUGGUCAUUUUGCUUCCGAUGAUAGUCAAGAUGACCCAGAUCAAGAGCAAGAGCAGGAGCAGGAGCCCGGCGAGCAGGACCAGGAUGAUGACGUCGAUGAAUUGGACACUCUACCCGUUCGGCGCGCGCCCGACGCAACAACAGAUGCUGACGAUCUCAAUGACUUUUUGGAGGUUGAAAAGAGACGGAGAGAGCUGUUGGGGGAUGAGGACGGUGACGAUGACUUGUCUGCGGAAGAACUAGCUGCGCUACGCGAGGCUUUACACGAGUCGGAGGAAGCUGAAGAGCAGCCGGAGACCGUUGAUCCAGAAACCAUAGAAGACGAGUCUGAAGAUGAACUUAAUAGCAUAUGGCAGCACGACGAGGCUAGUGCUGUGUAUCACAUCCCCCGCAAUGAGUCUGAACAGGAUUCUGCGGAAGGUGAGCAAAAAGUCUUAGAGUUCGCUGAUUCUGAUGAGGAGUUUGCUGCGCUCCUCGAGCGACCCCCGCAAGCUGGAAAGCGAAAGCGAAACUCUUCACCAUCAUUUUCUCUACGAGGAUCUUCCCCAUCUUCACACCGUUAUACAUCAUCUGAAAGCACUCUAGUACCUGAUACACCUUCGACUACAGCAAGCACCCGUUUCGCGUCUCGUACGCCGCAGACUCAAGUCUACCCCUUUGCCACCCCCUCCAUUGAUCCCACCCAACCAUCACCGCAGACUCAAGUCUACCCUUUCUCCAUCCCCUCCAUUGAUCCCACUCAACCAUCACCGCGGACUCAAGUUUACCCUUUUGCCACCCCCUCCAUCGCUCCCACUCAAUCAUCACCGCAAACUCAAGUUUACCCUUUUGCCACCCCCUCCAUCGAUCCCACUCAACCACCACAACUCCUUCUCUACCAGGCGAUGCACCAACUAUCAUAUGCUUUGUCCGCCACAAUGUCGACAUAUGGCUCACCUCGAAUGCCUCCGCCAUCGACAGGCCCGUGGGGUGUGUACCCCCUGGGUUUUGCGCAUCCUUGGGGGCCACAAGGGACGUCUGAAGCAUCGCACUCUUUUAAGCUGGACGAUAAUGUACAUGACGAUGGACGGCCAGACGAUGGAAGUACACUCGUGGACCAUGAUGGUGGUGCACUAGAGAAGCGGCAGAAGGCGGAGGCGGUCCACGAGUCCCAUAGGUUCAAGGAGGGAUGCGAGGAAGAUUGAGCGCCGGAAGUCUACCCGAUUUUAUGACGAAAAAUAUCAUGAACAGCGUAUCGUGGCGAAGGGACAAACACCUGGUACUCCAUCUCCUACCCGUAGUCUCACGGGGUCCACUAGCAUGAACAAGAAGAAGGGGAAGGCAAAACGCAAGUCGUAAGCUGCAUGAUCUUCAUCCUGUUGUGUAUUUAAGCAGUAUGUAUUGGACAUCUUGGGUAUGAAGAAAAACUAUUAAAAUCUGUUGUACUGUUAGUAUCUAUUUUUGCUACCUUCAUCAUAUACCCUCAUAGAUGGUGAUCAAGAUUGAUACAGACUUGUAGUAGUAGGAGAACCAAUGAUGUCUUUAGCGUAUCAAUACCCACACUUACCUGUCAAGUGGCAUAGGCGUACACACGUGCGUAUAAUAUGUUUGGCUUACAUUGUU